AUGACUGGCCAUUCUUCCAAGAAGCCAGCUCGCGGACAGGGCCUGGAGCACUCGGAUGGCUCUGCUCUGCCCUUAAUCUUGGAGCAUUACCUCACCUACCCCGGAACUUAUGAGAUCCCACUCCGCACCAUGUACACUCUGAAUUGUGCAUCUCGCUCGCUUAUGGCUCAGUCUACCACUCCGACUACGUUCCAGGACUCUGCAUUCGCACGUGGCAAUACACAGACGUCCUCGAACCUCCCACCAUCGGACCCUGCUGCCCAGUUUAGGGCGCAGUUGAUGGCGCUGAUCGCGCGAUUGCCCACCCAGCCGUGCUCCCUCCCCACAGCUUUUACCACCUCAUUCAUCCGCCGAUGUUUCACCCCUCAGUUGGAGGAGGUUGAUUUCCCUCAGGCCCUUACCGCGCUUGACUACCUCAAGGAUCUAGAGAUGCGCCGUCAGAAGGAGGUUGCUGAGGCCUUUGAGCGGCUGGAUUUUCAGCGUGGCAAUCUGGAUCAGAAAGAAGAAUUGCGGAAGAAAUACCCUGGCGUUGUUCGCUGGAUUGAGUCUGUUGAGGACAAAGAGCGUAAGGUGCAAGCACUGUAUACCCAUGUCUACGUGGGCUUGCGUCGCUGGAUUCUGAUCAAUGAGAUGAUGUUGGAGCCUUUUAACAAAGCGAAUUGUCUUGCGAUGCUUAAUACUCUCUUUCCCCCAGUGACUGCAACCACCGCGCAGCCUACCCCCUACCUGACUCCCACCAUCCUUCAGUCUCAACGGGAUGGAUUCUGGCGCUAUAUCACGGGUGUCGAGGUCAAUGGCAAGAAAAUUCUAAAUACGGUGAUGCAGCAAGGAGCCCGUGAGGGGGAGGAAACCGCCUGGCCAGCGGUCCGCGAGACCCUGGACAAGUACCUCCGAGCGGCCAAUGAUCUCAUCGACGAAUGUCAAGAUGUCAAAGCCCGGGACACACUGGAAGAAUCCCACGGCUGGGGUCACAAGAGGAAGGUUGACUCGGGCAUCAGUUUUGGUUCGUCCGAUGGACGUCUAUCCCCGAGUAAUCGCAGCGACGGAGGUUCUAUGGAGAAACCUCUUCCGCCGUGGCCCGAAGUCAACCCUCCCAAGUCCGGCGGUUCUACCCUGGAGAGGAUUGCCAAGGAGAUCCGCAAGAUGCGUUCACGAGCUGAUAUCCAAGAGAAUUCUUCCAAGGGCAAGAAUAAGGCGAAGAGCAUUUCCAAGAAGAUGAAGUCCUCUGGAGCUCUUGGCAUCGGGCGCGGGAAUUCCUCUAGCUCCAACGAGGAUACUAUGUUUGACAUCGAGGAAUUCAAGCGCAAGAGACUGAUCUGGGAAGCCAACCAGAGAAAGAAAGAACAGCAAGAGAAGCAAGCGAGUCACAUGGCUCACUGA